AUGGUGGCUGUUCAGUUGUUGAGCUGGAUUCUACCUUCACAAGCUUCUUCGAGACCAGAUCAAAUCCCGUCUCUUAACAGGAGAUUGUGUUUACACUCUCUGCCUUUAGGUGGGAUUGACUCUUUUAGAUGCAGAGGGACCUUCAGAGUCAAAUCUCAAGGGACAGGAGUGCCGUCUACUGACAACCUCGAUGUAUCAAAUGAUUUCAAUCCCAAUUUCCAUAAGGUGAAGCCAAACCAUGUCUUUUUUUUUCUUUUGGGUUUACUGGUGUCACUGAUGAGUCUUCACUAUAAACUUUUCAUAUUGCAAAAGAUCUUCCAAGAGCUUCCAAGGGCUGGCUUGGCUUUUGCUUGUGCAUCGAAUUCUCUAAAUAAACCUACUCCUUUCAAGUUGGACGUGUCCCUUCCUGCUUUCCAAGAUAUCAAAUGGAGUAUUGCAAAGUUUAAUUACCUGUUCAAUGUUCAGCUUGAGAAGAACGUUGCCACGUCCCUUGUGGUGCUCCUGAUAUCAUGCAUAUCGUUUGUUGCAAUUGGGGGAAUCCUAUUUUUGAAAUUCAGGAAAGACGAUACUCCCUUGGAAGAAUGCUUCUGGGAGGCCUGGGCAUGCCUUGUUUGCUCUGAUACUCAUCUAGAGAAGAAGUCGCGUGUUGAAAAACUCAUUGGAUUUAUCCUAGCCAUUUGGGGAAUAUUGUUUUACUCUCAGCUUUUAAGCACAAUGACAGAACAAUUUCGAAGUAAUAUGCAAAAGCUGAGGGAAGGGGCACAGGUACAAGUCAUAGAAGCUGAUCAUAUCAUCAUUUGUGGAAUAAACAGUCAUCUGCCAUUCAUACUAAAGCAACUCAACAGUUAUCAUGAGCANGCAGUCCGCUUAGGUACCGCCACAUCUAGGAAGCAGAGACUUCUGCUUAUGUCUGACACUCCGAGGAAGCAGAUAGACAAGUUAGCUGAGAGCUUCACCAGAGAUUUUAAUCACAUUGACAUCCUUACAAAGAGUUGUAGUCUUAACAUGACGAAAUCAUUUGAGAGGGCUGCCGCCUGUAUGGCGCGUGCCAUUAUUAUACUACCAAGGAAAAGCGAUCGGUACGAAUUUGAUACAGACGCAUUUCUUUCUGUAUUAGCCCUUCAACCUAUACCAGGGAUGAAAUCUAUCCCAACUAUUGUAGAGGUAUCAAGCCCGAGUACAUAUGAUCUUCUCAAGUCCAUUUCAGGACUGAAUGUGGAGCCGGUUGAAAAUGUUACGUCCAAAUUGUUUGUUCAAUGCUCACGUCAAAAAGACCUGAUAAAGAUCUACAGACACCUACUAAAUUACUCAAAAAAUGUAUUUAAUCUUAGCAGUUUUCCCAAUCUAGUUGGGAUGAAGUAUAGACAGUUAAGACUUGGUUUCCAGGAGGCCGUGGUUUGUGGCAUUUUACGAGAUGGGAAAGUAAAUUUCCACCCAGAUGAUGAUGAAAAGCUCACGGAAACCGACAAAGUAUUGUUUAUUGCACCUCUCAGUUGGAGAAAGAAGCAAUAUACAGACAUCAAACUUGAGAACAUUACAGUAGACGAGCCGGAUACUCGGAAGGAAAAAAGAUCACGGCUAGAGAAGAUUAUAAGACGUCCUAGCAAGUCCUUAUCAAAGGGAUCAGAUUCCGUCAAAGGACCCAAAGAAUCUAUACUUUUACUCGGGUGGCGUGGAGAUGUUGUACAUAUGAUCGAGGAGUUUGAUAGUUAUCUUGGUCCAGGAAGUUCAUUGGAAAUAUUAUCAGAUGUACCAUUAGAGGACAGAAGCAGAGUGAGCGAUGGAUCUGGGAAAAUCAAGAACAUCAAAGUUUCACAUCGGGUUGGGAAUCCUAUGGAUUAUGAUACAUUAAAGGAAACUAUAAUGCACAUGCAAACUAAAUACAGGAAAGGGGAAGAUAUUCCUCUGACUAUCCUUGUAAUAUCGGAUCGAGACUGGCUUCUUGGAGAUCCAUCUAGAGCGGACAAACAAUCCGCUUACUCUCUUCUCCUCGCUGAAAGCAUCUGCAAUAAGCUUGGAGUAAAGGUACAAAAUCUAGCUGCUGAAAUCGUCGACUCAAAACUCGGCAAGCAGAUAACAGGAAUCAAACCGUCCCUAACUUACAUAGCAGCAGAGGAAGUAAUGAGCCUUGUAACAGCACAAGUUGCUGAAAAUAGCGAACUGAACGAGGUGUGGAAGGACAUUCUAAAUGCAGAGGGCGAUGAGAUAUACGUAAAGGACAUUGAACUGUACAUGAAAAAUGGAGAGAACCCAUCAUUCACCGAGCUNUCAGAGCGAGCAUGGNUAAGGAGAGAAGUCGCUAUAGGNUACAUAAAANGCGGUAAAAAGGUAAUCAAUCCGGUUCCAAAGACGGAACCUCUAUCCCUCGAAAUGACAGACUCAUUAAUCGUUAUAUCGGAACUUGAAGGAGACCAACCAACCACACUAUGA